GGGCCGUAAAAGCCGGGGGCCGACGCGGGUGGGAAGAGCCCUGCCGCCCCGCGCGUCCCCGCUGCCGAGGCUCCCGCCGGGGUGAGCGCACGCGGGCGCCGAGCGCGGGGCCGCGCCCACCAUGAACGCCAGCGGCCCGGGCUACCCGCUCGCCUCGCUCUACGUGGGCGACCUGCACCCCGACGUGACGGAGGCCAUGCUCUAUGAGAAGUUCUCGCCCGCCGGCCCCAUCCUGUCCAUCCGCGUGUGCCGCGACGUGGCCACCCGCCGCUCGCUGGGCUAUGCCUACAUCAACUUCCAGCAGCCCGCCGACGCGGAACGGGCACUGGACACAAUGAACUUCGAGGUGAUCAAAGGCCAGCCCAUCCGAAUCAUGUGGUCCCAGCGAGACCCAGGACUUCGCAAGUCUGGUGUGGGCAACGUCUUCAUCAAGAACCUAGAGGACUCCAUUGACAACAAGGCCUUGUAUGACACCUUCUCCACCUUCGGGAACAUCCUCUCUUGCAAGGUGGUGUGCGACGAUCAUGGCUCUCGAGGCUUCGGCUUUGUCCAUUUUGAGACCCACGAAGCUGCACAGAACGCCAUCCGCACCAUGAACGGGAUGCUGCUGAAUGACCGCAAAGUCUUCGUUGGCCACUUCAAGUCCCGACGGGAGCGGGAGGCGGAGCUGGGAGCUCGGGCCUUGGAGUUCACCAACAUCUACGUGAAGAACCUCCACGUGGACGUGGACGAGCGUUGCCUGCAGGACCUCUUCUCCCAGUUUGGGAAGAUUCUGAGUGUCAAGGUGAUGAGGGAUGACAGCGGCCACUCCCGAGGCUUUGGCUUUGUCAACUUUGAGAAGCAUGAGGACGCCCAGAAGGCGGUGACAGACAUGAAUGGGAAGGAGGUGAGCGGGCGGCUGCUCUACGUGGGCCGGGCCCAGAAGCGGGUGGAGCGGCAGAAUGAGCUGAAGCGCAGGUUCGAGCAGAUGAAGCAGGACCGGCUGACCCGCUACCAGGGCGUGAACCUGUAUGUGAAGAACCUGGAUGACUCCAUCGAUGACGAGAAACUGAGGAAGGAGUUUGCUCCCUAUGGAAUGAUCACCAGUGCCAAGGUGAUGACAGAGGGUGGCCACAGCAAAGGGUUUGGCUUUGUGUGUUUUUCCUCUCCAGAAGAGGCGACGAAGGCCGUGACAGAGAUGAAUGGGCGCAUCGUGGGCACCAAGCCACUGUAUGUGGCUCUGGCCCAGCGCAAAGAGGAGCGGAAAGCCAUCCUGACCAACCAGUACAUUCAGCGCCUCUCCACUAUGCGGGCCCUGGGCAGCCCCCUCUUGGGCUCCCUGCAGCAGCCCACCAGCUACUUCCUCCCCGCUGUGCCCCAGCCUCCAGCCCAGUCGCCAUACUAUGCCUCUGGCCCACCCGUCCAGCCUCCCCCCAGGUGGACAGCCCAGCCACCCAGGCCCUCGUCCGCCUACCCACCUGCUGCCUCAGUGGUCCGGCCAGCAGCCGUGUCUCGGCGCCCCUCCGUCCCCAUCAGCAGCUCCAGGCAGGUCUCCAUCCACGUGCCACGCCCGGUGCCCCAGACCCAGGGAGUAGCCAACAUUGGUACCCAGACCACAGGACCUGGCGUGAUGGGAUGUGCUACACCAAGCGGGCCUCUCCUGACCCACAAAUGUUGUUCAGCAACGCACAACAGUCCCAGGGUCCAGGAGCCUGGUGUGCGCGUCCCCAGACAGGAGCCCCUGACGGCGUCCGUGCUGGCUGCAGCCCCGCUCCACGAGCAAAAGCAGAUGAUUGGUGAGCGUCUCUACCCCCUUAUCUACAAUAUGCACACGCAGCUGGCCGGCAAGAUCACGGGGAUGCUGCUGGAGAUUGACAACUCGGAGCUGCUGCUCAUGCUGGAGUCCCCGGAGUCCCUCAGUGCCAAGGUUGAAGAGGCUUUGGCGGUGUUGCAGGCCCACCAGGCCAUGGAGCGAGUGCACGUGCGCUGAGACCAGAAAAUGGAAUCCUCAGCCCUUGGCUGAUGGAGCGACCAGCAUCUCCUGCUCUUGGCUCUAGGGCCUUGUGAACUGUUAACUUCCCCGCUGGGCUGUAUCUGUACUUGAGCUUUUUGUGGAAUGAGGGCUGGUCACCCAGCCAGCCUCUUAUCUGUUGCUUUGUGUAUUAAAAGUGUUGCAAACUCCGUCUUGUCUCCCAGGAGGCCUUCUUGUGUCAGAGGGAAGCGGGCAGAGCAAAGGGUGGCUUGGACAGGGUCGGGACCUCGGCUUCAAGGAACAGACACCCACAGUGCGCCGAGCACAGAGCGGGGGUAAAGCCUGCACCUGACAGAGGAGGGCCUCUGGUAAUAGCCCCCAGGGAGCAGCUGCCACCCGCCAACGGCGCAGCGGGGACUACAGGGUUGUCAUCACAGCACAGAGAAAACGAGCUGCAGCUUCAGGCACCCACACGUUCCUGGACGCCAGUCUCGAGCAGGCGAACGCCCUGGGAGCGGCACCUGCAUCUACACUCCUGGCUGAGUGACUGGGGGGUUGCUGACGCUCUACUCCUAUAGAAAGGCUUUAGGGUACCCCCCCAGGGUGGGGAUCUUCCUCCCCUACAGGGAGAAAAACCUCUUCAGGUAAUAAAUCCAGAUACCUGCCGUACAGGCCCCAAGAAAAGAAUGUCAGGUGUGACUAGAUGUCACCUCUAAACCUGCCCCUAAUCAAAGUGAUGCCUGAAGAAAGAAAAGGGGUACAGCUGCCUGCUUUGAAAUGGUCCCUGGAUCAGACCCAUGAGUGUAUCUGUGACGUUAAAAAUCCGCUUCAGCCUGGAGGUCUGACUGCUCUGAAGGUAGGCUCGGCCCUCGGCAGAAGCAGCAAGCCAAGGGCUGCUGUGAUGCAGGAGCAAAGGGCUGAAAAACCCUGUGGGCUCUGCUUUAUGGAGUCAUCAAUCUUCUCCUUAGGGGGAGGGACCCCUUUCCUCCACAGGGUCGAA